GGGGGCCCGCGGGCCCACGGCCGCCGCCCCCCGCCCUCCCCAGACGGUCUCGGGAUGCUGGUUUGAAAUCGCGGACGUGACUGGGAGGAGCCUGGCCGCCUCGGAUUUCCGCGCUGGGCCGCGCAGGGAGCCGGGGCGGCCAUGGCGGAGCCCACCGUGUGCUCCUUCCUCACCAAGGUGCUGUGCGCCCACGGGGGCCGCAUGUUCCUGCAGGACCUGCGCGCCCACGUGGAGCUCUCGGAGGCCCGGCUCGGCGACGUGCUGCGCCAGGCCGGGCCCGACCGCUUCCUGCUGCAGGAGGUGGCGGUGCAGGAGGGCCCCUGGGACGCCGAGGCCGAGGUGGCGGCGGGCGCGGGCGGCGGCGGCGGCCCCUCGGCCUGCAGGGUGGUGGCCGUGUCCUCCGCGCGCCUCUGCGCCCGCUACCAGCGCGGCGAGUGCCAGGCCUGCGACCAGCUGCACUUCUGCCGCCGCCACAUGCAGGGCAAGUGCCCGAACCGCGACUGCUGGUCUACCUGUACCCUUUCCCAUGAUAUCCACACACCUGUCAACAUCCAAGUCCUGAAAAACCAUGGGCUUUUUGGCCUCAAUGAGGCCCAGCUUCGGAUUCUGCUUUUACAGAACGACCCCUGCCUUUUACCAGAGGUCUGUCUGUGCUACAACAAAGGUGAAGCCCUGUAUGGCUACUGCAUCCUCAAGGACAAAUGCAACAAGUUUCACGUGUGCAAGUCCUUUGUCAGGGGAGAGUGCAGGCUUCAGAAAUGCAAACGGUCCCACCAACUCAUCAACGCGGCAUCCCUGAAGCUGCUGGAGGACCAAGGACUGAAUGUGUCCAGUGUCGUUAAUUUCCAGAUCAUCUCUACCUACAGGCACGAGAAGCUGCACAAGAUGCUUGAAAAUAAAGAUAAUUCAGCGUCUUCUGUUGAGCACUCACCGGGCCUUGAGAAGCAAGGAAGACCGGUUCCUGGGGCUGCAGAAGCCCGUCCCCUGGCUUCUGCCCCUGCCCAGUCGGCCAAGAAGCCAUGUGCAGGGAAACCGUGAAGGACGUCGCUGAAGUAAGCAGCAGCUCAAGAAGCUCGUCCAGUUGGAAGGUCUGGAAACAAAGCUUCCGUUUGAGCUUUAUUUGCAGCUGUUCAUUCAUUUAAUUAUUUCUUUAAAAUACCUACCUCACUGGGUGUCGUGAGAAUGAAAGAAGAAGGAAACAAGACGUUGUUAGAUUUGGAGGAUAAGGUCGGAGAUGAGGUUGGACCUUGAGCAGGCAAAGAGAGGGUAAACCUGAGUGCAGAUGGGGUCCGUGCUGGGCCAGGCCUGGGAUGGCAGCUUCGGCCUGCAGUUCCUGAGAGCUUUCCCGGGCCGGCUGGCAGAGCUCGUGUUGCCCGAGGAUGCAACCACAGGCAGGUUUCGCUGACUUGCUCUGUGACCCGGCCACGUGUUUGCCUGCAUGCCCAUAUAUACAGUUUGAGUACGUCACCUUCAUAAGCAUCUUCUCAUAUUUGUUCACAUUUAUCACGCAUCAUCGUUUUUGUGCACAGAUACAUUCGUAUAUCAUAGUUUUCUUAACUGCUUCCCUUAUCCUGGGAAAUUUUGAUUCUUUCUAACAAAUUUUGGAAUAUAACUCUUUUCUUAAAAUCCACACAAUAUUGAAUUUUUAAAGUUAGUCUUUUGCUUAGCUUAUAGUUGCAAAAUGAUACUGUCUUUUGAUUUGCAUUUCUUUAGGUUUAUGUGCAAGUGGAUAUUUUUAUGUGUCUGCUUCCUGUAGGUCUUUGUUUUGUGCAUUUUGCACAUGCCCUUUAAUUACGGGGGCCUGUAAUUACCUCUUUUGUGCCAGUGUGGGAUGGCCUGUAGUUAGGCUCCUUAAUUUUUAUGAAAGGCUGUCAGCCACACUGUGCUCAUAUAAUAUUCACCUCUUGUGGUUGCAUCCUCGGGCAACACAGAGAAUAUAACUUUUGGGUGCUCGCCAGAGAUUCCUACCUCACUUCUGCUCUGCCCUUAUGAACCUUUGUCCAAAGCCCAGUUGCUAUGGUUUGAAGGAUGUGUAGUUCAUCCAUUCCUCAAAAUUGUAUUCAUUCUUUUAUGGAUCAGGAUGGACCAUCAGAGAUCUAUAUACCUCGCCCACUUCAUGUUCACUUCCCCCUCCCUCUCCUCUCUUCCCCCACCCAGAUGUCUUCAUCCAGUGAUGCUUAGAUGUUUGGUUCUUUGUUUCCAUCAAAGGGUACCACAGAGAAGCACUUUAUGGAACCCUUCCCUGUGUUUGCUGUCGUCAUAGCCCCACAUGUCUGUGUGGAGUGUUUUUAGAAAUACUUAACUGUCCUGCAAUAGCAUGACAUUUGAGAAAUAGGGGCAAGGUAGUGAGUUUUUCAUAAGGCUAACUUUAUUUAAUUUAGAAAUAUUUUUGUUGUGAAGUUCUGUCUUUUGCAUUGGGGGUGGUAUUCAAAAAAAUGUCUUUUGUAAAGGGAGAAAUUGCUGUGUUUUCUCCUAAUGGACAGUAAAAGUCAUGCAACUUUUGUUAAACUUUUCAGUUUGGUUUUCAACAAUGGUGUUUCUGAAGCCUUCACAGCUUGCAUAUCUUGUUUCUUCCUCCUAGAUCUGAUUUCUCCUGGUGCUAAUUUUUAAAAAUAUAUUUUUACGUCUUUAUUAUUAUCAUUAUUUACAUUAUAUCACUGUACUACAUAUAUUUUUGUUGUAAGCCAUCGUCAGUCCUUAAUGGAAACAGUGUAGUAUGUAAAUGCUUAUCCUUUAUAUUAAGAGACUUGGUACACUUUUAUAUUAUCGUGUUUCUUUCAUAUAUCUUUUAAUUAUGUGCUUAUAUAUGAGGUUAUUGACCCUUUGUAAUCUUUGUUGCAAUAUUUUAUUCAAUUCUAUAGUAUUUCAUUUUAAUUUUAGUUCUUUGGUAUUCAUUCUGUAGAAAUACUUUAUGUAAUUGUACCUGACGAUCAGCUGUUGCAGAGUUAGACUCAGAGAUAAGUUUUCUUUGGCAAUUUAUUGGGCCUUAUGAGAUGAAGCUAUACAUCUCUAGACUCCACAAAUUCAACAGAUCCUAAAUUGAAGGAUUACGUUUUCUCCAAGCUGUUCUUUCCCCUUCCCCUUUUCUUUUUAAUUUUGGAGUUUUUACCAUCUAAUGAGUUAAGCCCCCAAAACUGCAAAGUGCCCCAAUACUCUUCUCUCUCCUUGUUCCCAGUGUCAAAUUGGUUACCUAAUGUUGGAGAUUAUUUUCCCCUCAAAAAUCUCUCAAAUUUUUAUCCUUCUCUGUGCCUUUCUUCACAUUCCCUAUACACUGCCUUGUUUAAAACCCUCGUCACCUCUUACAGAACUCAGCGGUUUUCAAGUUAUGUCUUGCGAGUGUCUUGUGGGAGGUGCUAGGUUACGCUCCUUCAAUGGUGGUUGCCCCAUUUUAAUUGUUAAUGUAAUAGACUUUUGUGGAUUUCAUUGAUCUCCUUACCACCCUUCUCUCCCUCUGCCUUCCCUUCUGCUGCCUGGUUGAUCUUUUGAAAUCCAGUCCUAAUCAUACUGCUUUUUCCUGCCGUUACCUUUAUUGGUCCCCAUUAUUGGUCCCCAUCACGUAGGGACGAGUCAUAAACUCAGACAGCUACAGGGACCAGAAAGGUGAGUUAAUGGAUGCAAUGAGCUGGAUAAGAGGAAGCGGGUAAAGAGGAAGUGCUGUGGCAAAUUGUCCCGUUGAAAAGGGGCCACUGCCUCUCGUUUUCAUGUGGGAACUUGGUCCAGUUUGUCAGAUUGUCCAUUUUGACAAAAGAAGCCAGAAAGCCAGAUUUUCUGAUCUUUAAAUAUUAAGUUUUUAAAAUGCAGGCUGAUAUUGUGUGUACUGACCUACUUGUGGUUUUGGAAGGGGCUGUUUGAUCCUGUGCCUCUGCGUUUGUAAGUUCCCUCCCUCUCGGUGUCACCCUUCCCUUCACCUGCCUGAAAACCUGGUAAAAUUAGAUUCUUUAACCCUUUGCGGUCGUAUUAAAUUUGGACAUGGGUGUCGUACUGGUCGAAAUUAAUUUCCAUUGAAAGAGCAGUGAUACAUAACAUGCAAGAUUGUGAAGGAUAAACAAGAUUUAUUAAUUCUUUUUUGGAACUACGUCACUACUAGUAGAAUCACUACAAACGUUGUCACUUUCUACGUCAGAGUCAGUAUUCAAGGUGCCAAAAUAAAACUCUUCAUCGUUACUUUCAGAUUUGCAGUACACUUCUUUCGGUAACUUUCUUUUUGCCAUUUUGGAGUAUUAUUUUGAAAUAUCUUAACAAGCGAGAAUGUCUAAUUACAGUUAAACGUAAUUUGUAAAGCUUUAUUUGAAAUUCUGCGAAGUAGCUCUGAAGCUUGUCGAUUUCUUCACUCUCAAAAGGCGACUGACUCGCCACGGUGUUUUGCAUGGCGAGUGUGGAACGACCGCAUUUGUUUAUAUUGAGUUUCGAUAUCUCCGAUGUGUGGGGGCAGUGUUUUGGUUCGUGACAAGGUCGCUUAGACACUUAAGAGCUUUCAGAGAAAUUAUGAACUGAUACAUGAAUGAAUAGAGUUAAGAUUCGUACGGUUCCUUGCUGUGGUGGCUGAGAGCAGACAUACGACCGGAACGGUAAAAAAGCUUUGGUGGCUGAGAGUAGACAAACGACCGCAAAGGGUUAAAUGCUGGGUUAACCUUUCCUGACCCCAAGAGAGUUCUCAGCUCUCUUGCAUAGCACUUACUUCCUUACAUUGCAGUGCCUUGUGCUUUUAUUCCCUAGCUUUGAGCAAAAACAUUAUUUAUUCUUCUUGGCAAUUCUAACACUUGGUAGUUAGAUAUUUUUGCCAUAUAACGAGUUAAACUCUGCAUUUGAAUCAAUUGAAUCAGCAUUAUAUUGGUCUUCAUUGUUCUUUUUUCUUCCCACAUAUAUAUUUUUAAUUUUCAAAAAAAUCUUUUUCUCCCUAAGGAAUGUGUUACAUAAGGUGUAAAGAUCUUUUUAAUGCUUCAAUUUGAAUUGUCUAGGUCUAAAAUGAACACUUUAAGAAAAUAUUUGUCUUUUAGUGAAUUGCCUUUGUGCUAACAGCAUUUAGUUUUUUUCUAAAAUCAUAGCUGCAAAAAUAUUUGUCUUAUGUAUCUAUUUUCUGUUAAAUAAAAUUGUGAUAAAAAGAUAUUUUUUGAUAUUUCUUCAUUAAAUAUUAAGUUAAUUAUUAGUUUUAAACAAAUAUUAUCUACUUAAAGGAAAUAACAGCUAUUGUUUGUUAGAAACUUUUAGUAGGAAUUGGUAUCUUUUAAUAUAAUCAUAUAUUUUUAUCAUUUAAGUCACCCAAUAUUAUAUUAAUGGCUUUCACUAUAUUAAAACAUCCUUAAAUUCUGAGUAAACUCUACUUGAUUAUGG